UGUGUGUGUGGUGUGAAACCCAGGCUAUUUAACGGGAGGCCCGGGUGCUAUGCGUCUGUCAGAGAGCAACCGCUGACCCCAUGGAGCAGUGAUGGUGAAUUAGCCGCCUGCUCUCACCCCUGAGUGCCGCUGUCAUGAGUCUUGGACCAGUUGCCCAGUUCCCCAUUGACCUUCAUAGCCCUCGGGAUGCUGGCCAAAGCCAGGGGGCCAAGACAACAGAGCCAAGAGACAUGGGAAGGACUCAGACUUCAGCAGGACGUGAUUCUUCCAACACGUCCCUGGAAAACCUCUACCCCAACAAGAGAUGCCUCCUGCUGCUUGGGGCCAUCGGGUUGCUGGCAGGGGCAGCCAUUGGGAUGUGGCUUCUAGUGAAAUUCCUGACAGCGCCUCUGUCGGACCAGGAUUCCAGCCCUCUGCAGGACAUGGAGUCGAUCCCGAUCUGCAGAGACACUGGGGAAGACGAGCCCAUUGUCACCAGGGCUCCCAGGAGAGUAUCUUUCAGAAUAAACACGGGAAACUUCUUGUUGGAAGUGCAGGUGGAAGGCAGGCCUGGCUGGCUCCUGGCAUGUCACGAGCGGUGGAAUCUCUCCCUGGGGACUCUGAUCUGUAGGCAGCUGGGAUAUCUCCAACUCGCCCAUCACAAAGGAGUGAACCUGACAGAUGUCAAGGUGAAUGAUACGCAAGAGUUUGUUCAGAUUGUGCUCAACCAGAAGAGCAGCAUUGAAGACAUGUGGCAGGUCAGGAGCAGCUGUGCUUCAGGGAGAAUUGUGGCUCUGAAAUGCUCCGAGUGUGGCAUGCGCUCCAGGGCGGCCCGGAUCGUGGGCGGAAGCGACGCCCUGUUGGGACGUUGGCCGUGGCAAGUCAGCCUAUACCUCAACUCCAAACACGUCUGUGGAGGCUCUGUAGUGGCACGCGACUGGAUCGUCACGGCUGCUCACUGCGUGCACAAUUACAGGCAGCCUCAGGUCUCCAGCUGGCUGGUCUUUGCCGGGAUGAUCGCUCAUGUGUCAGUCCAACAGCAGGCUGGGACGGCGGUGGAGAAAAUCAUCUACCACCCCCGCUAUGACGACAGGAGUCACGACUAUGACAUUGCACUGAUGAAACUCACAGCACCCUUGAACUUCUCCGAUGCCGUCCGUGCAGUGUGUUUACCACUGUACCAUCAGGAUUUCCCCCACGGCACCCACUGCUGGAUCUCUGGCUGGGGCUACACCAGACCUGAACAUGUUCAUAUUGCUGAGAUGCUGAAGGAAGCUAUUGUUCCCUUAAUCAGCACCAAGAAAUGCAACAGCUCCUGCAUGUACUCUGGUGAGCUCACCCCCAGGAUGCUGUGUGCCGGCUACCUGGACGGGAAAGUAGAUGCCUGCCAGGGAGACAGUGGGGGGCCGCUGGUUUGCCAAGAUGAGCUCACCUGGCGCUUAGUGGGCAUUGUGAGUUGGGGCACGGGGUGUGCUGAACCCAACUACCCUGGGGUUUACACCAAGGUGGCUGAAUUCCUGGACUGGAUUUAUCAUAUCAUCGAGAGCCACUAGGAGCAAAGCAAGGGACAGGCUGAAGGAACAGAGCCAUCCCCAGGGUGACAAGCCAAGCAAAGAAGAGUCCAGAACAACUUUAUCCCCACUAUGGAGCUUUGUCCCAGUUAAUAUGUACUUACAGUGGAUCAGCAUCAACUGAACAGACUGAGGUAGAUGUAAAAUCUGCCUGUUAACAAGGCCUAUAAGGAGGCAACACCAGCAGCCUGGGUGUGUUCUCUGGUGUAGAAUGAGGGGCAGAGUCCCUGUUCUUGCCUGUUGCAGCUAAUCCAUAUUAAACAACUAAUGUUUGGUCAAAGGCUGCUACAGUCCUCCUGCUCUAGUACAAUGGUUUGGCCCCAUGCUGGGGCUGUGCAUAAUGGGGUUCAAAUCUCCCCUUAGCCUGCGUUAAGAAGGACUUUGGACCGAUAUCAAAUGUAAUCUUGCUGUCUGUGCCCUGAGGUAUGUGGUGCUUCAUCUCUCUUGCCUGUGGAAGUUGUUCAACUUUAAUUAAAUGCUGUUUAGGUCAGUACAUUCUUCAGAUCCCCUCAGUAGCCCAGUGGUUAGCCUAUCAGCUUGGCCUGUGAGAGAUGUGGGUUCAAAUCUGCCCUGGUGCCUGUAUACUCACCAUUCUGUAAGAGCGAGGGCCUUGCCCGCUUCCUUCUUGCCUCUUGAAGCUGUUCCACUUUAGUUAAAUGGGCUCUGGGCCGGCCCCCCACCUACCCUCACUCUCUAGUCCAGUGGUUCGGAUACUCGCCUGGGUUGUAGGAGAUCCUGGUUCAAAUCCCCCAGCUGUCUGUUCAGCAGGGAUUUGCACAGGGAUUUCCUGCCUCCUAGGCGACCGUCCUUUAGGGUGGGCCAUCCUUGUCCAAAGCCCCUCUCUUUCUUAAGAGGCCGUUGUCUUCUUGGGACGGAGAGGGGAUUCGGACAGGGAUCGCUCGCCAGUGACUCUCCCCAGGAGGUGGCGGCCCCCAGUUCACACCCCUCAAAAGAGCAGGGGAGUGCCCUGGGGUCUGCCACAACCUGGGCGUGUAUCCUGAUCACGGUGGACAAGAGUGAGAGGGGGGUUUUACUGUAGAGCAGCAUUUCCUCUUUAAAAAAAAGAGCAAGAGGGCCUGCGCCGGGCCUCUUGCUUAGCUAGGAGGGGCCUCCUCUCACCCACCAGAGGCCCUCCUGUCCCGCGGAGCGGGGAUGCGAACCAGGGUCAGCCGCAAUCCAAGCAAGCACCCUAACCCCCGUACCGUAGAGGGACUUGAGAGCUUAGCUCGCUCCGGUUAAUAUAUAGUUAAAAUGGAAGGCUUGAGCGGUAAGAGAUUGAGGCGCCCCUCCCGGGGGAAUCGGCCCCCAGGGGAGUUGAACCGGCGGCACGCACGUGGCAGGUGAACACCUUAACCCCCGUACCGUAGAGGGCUUGGCAAGCUGCCCUUGCCCCGGUUAAUAUAUAGUUAAAAAUGGAAGGCUUGAGCGGUAAGAGAUUGAGGCGCCCCUCCCGGGGGAAUCGGCCCCCAGGGGAGUUGAACCGGCAGCACGCACGUGGCAGGUGAACACCUUAACCCCCGUACCGUAGAGGGCUUGGCAAGCUGCCCUUGCCCCGGUUAAUAUAUAGUUAAAAAUGGAAGGCUUGAGCGGUAAGAGAUUGAGGCGCCCCUCCCGGGUGAAUCGGCCCCCAGGGGAGUUGAACGGGGAGCACGCACAUGGCAGGUGAACACCUUAACCCCCGUACCGUAGAAGGCUUAUAGAGUUUCUUUUACUCCAGUUAAUAUAUAGUUAAAGUGGAACGCUUCGGGUGUAAGACAUGACAGUGCUAUUCCCUUCCCGGGGAAAGGAUUUGAACCAGCUCCUUUUUACGUCUUGGGUAAGUACCCAAGCCACAGGACUACAGGGGGGAGGUACACAAAGUUGUUUGCCCAAUUUUCAUUUAAUAUUGACUGAAUGUGUCCUACCUUGCUCAGAAAGGACUGAGGGAGACCCCACAUCCCACUCCCUGCUAGCCGGGGACUUAGGUCAUUCACUUGAGAGGUAGGAGAUCAACCAAGAGGGAGCAUAAAGGGGUUUUGAAGUGGCACCUGCCCUCUUUUAGGGGAAAGCAUCCAAACCACUGGACUACAGGGGACUCACAGGGUGGUUGUGGCCCAUUGACUAUUUAAUCAUUUAAUGACAGUAGCCCACAUUCCAUAGGAAACACUGAGGGAGGCAGCACCUUGGAAUACCUCCUAGCUGAGCAUUUAGGCCAUUCACUUGAUGAAAGAGAGCAAGGGUCAAACCCCUUCUCAGCCAGCAUAAAAGCAGAUGUGAACCUGAAACCGCUACAUUCAGGAUGUGCACCCAAACCAGUAGACUACACCGCACUGAGGAUUUGUCACACUCACACAUUAAAGAGGAUACGACUCUGUAUGAAGUAGCUACAUCUCUGCCCAUUGCUGCCUUUAUAAAUUAGGCCCGUUACUUUGAAUUAAUGGCAUGGAAAGACCUGACUACCCAAAGCGUUAAUGAAGAACCCAGCAGUAGCUGAAUCAAGUAGCCCUUGCUCAGUAUCACUGGCAUAAUUAGACGGUAGCUAACUGCAGUCUAACUCAACUGCAGCUUUUUCAGAGGUGGCAGCCUGUGUCUCACUGGUAUCUUCACUGUGGUGUAGUAUAAGCAAGCAGCUCUGGAGAAUGUGGGCUACUGUUUGUUUGCUAAGAACAAAAGAAGUGAGAAACUGCUACCAACAGUGGCCUGUUUGAGGCACGUAAAUUAUCAGCUCACAUGGAAUCAUGCAACAAGUUCAGUAUGUUCAAGUGCCCCCUGUCAUCCCCGGAUGGGUGACAGACAGCACGGGUCAUCUCGUCCCUACCAUGGUGGUGGUGCUGCCUGCUCCAGAAGCCACUCUCCCCUUUGUGCAGCAUGGCUGUGAGAGUGCCCGUGCAACGAGGAGAUGCGACUGCAGCAGGGAAGAUUUGCUGUGCUCCCAUGCAUGCAGUUGUGACAGGGACGAGUGGAACAGCCUCGUAUCGAACACAGCAGAGACUCUUCUGGGGGGCACAGAAAUGUUUCAGCUACCUGCAUCUUACUGAGACUAUGUGAGUAUAGUUCAAAGGGGUGCAGCAUUAGACAUUCAAUAACCCAUCAUUAGAUGUAGGGGUUACAUUGAGAGCACACAGCUAUACUUUGUUAUUCACAUGAUAUAUUCAUACAAAACAGCCUUUCUACUAAGAGUCAUUACUGUUAUAUAAGGCGUUC